AUGUCUAAACAGUCUGAUUUGAGAAGCAUCAGAAUGAAGUGGACCCAUAUGAACAAGGAUUCGAACCGAGCCCAGCCCGUUCCUGCUCCCCACGGAAAAAUAUUUCGUGUAACCAUAGUGAAGUCACUGGAUGCGACAAUGCACGAAAGUUAUCGUAGAAUAUCGCUAUGCCACGCCGACUUAGAUUCGAGCGAAGAACGUACAUACUGGAAUCACGAUGCUGAUCUGGCAACCAGAAUGAAAUAUUACUCACAUUCGGUGAAAAUCCGUGAAGGCGACGCUCAACACGAAGAGAAGAGCCAACUUGAAACUCGGGAAACCUCGAGACAAGACACAGGAAUCCGCGGAGAGCACGAUAUCUAUUGGUCAAAGAAGCAGCCCGAAGUGGGGGUACUUAACCUCCCGCACCCUCGUCGUCGACGUGUUGCAUGCAUCCUUGGAGGUGGAACGGCAAGGAGAGAAUACGCUGAAGCUGGAGGCCGCAGUAAAUAUCUCAUUGGCCAUAUCAUAGAAAUGUCAUUCCAGCAUGCGAUUAGGAAUGAAAUUAUUGCCCCGCGAGCUUCGAGCUACCGAAGGUUGCAGAGUAUCUCACGCGAUCGCCAGAAAGGGAUGACAUUGGAACAACUGGGAGAGGAUAAAGGGAAAAAGGCUAAGGAUAAGCAAGCUACAGAGGUAAUCAUCCCAGAGAAUAACCUUGGGAUGCUGGACCUGAGCUCGAGGCUUGAGGACCGAAGAGGAGUACGAGAGUUCGGUGCAGUUCCAGUACUUUAG